GCAAUUUGUCAUUAAAGGAUCUUCCCGUUAUCCAAUCAGAUCCGAGCUUUAAAUCCUGACUGCCAAUCAGAACCCGGUUUUCUUCAGGAUCUUUCACUGUGGAAGUUCAGCAUCGUGUGCGUGUCCGCAACAGCUGCUGUUGUGUAGCUCUUUCCCAAACCCCCCACGGGCAGGAGAUGUGAUCACGAGCACACUACAAGGCUGAGCGGCCCGGUCCGGUGAGCAUCCCCGUCUGGCCGACAUCGCUGGGAUUACAGCAUAUAUAUCAGUGAGGGUUGUGACAAUAUAAAUAAUAAGAAUAAUUGGAGGAUGCGGGCAUCGAUCCCGCUACCUCUCGCAUGCUAAGCGAGCGCUCUACCAUCUGAGCUAAUCCCCCGAUGUGUCAAGCUAGCGUCGACAUGACAUUUGUGUCGCACCCUGAUGGCGCUCACGGAGGUGUUUCAUCAUAUUGUUACCGUCGGAAGUGAAGCGAACAAGUCUCGCGGACUGGUUCUACAGCGGGUAAAAUGUCGUCCGGAGUGGGAAAACACAAGAUGCUUUCUUUGGGCCCGACGGAACCCUGGUCCAUUCGGGAGAAACUCUGUCUCGCCUCUUCUGUGAUGAGAAGUGGAGAUCAAAACUGGGUUUCUGUAAGCCGAGCCAUCAAACCCUUCUCAGAGCCCAGACGACCCCCAGACUGGUUCUCCCAGAAGCACUGUGCCUCGCAGUAUUCUGAGCUUCUGGAAACCACAGAAGCCCCAAAACGUAAACGUGGCGAGAAAGGUGAGGUGGUCGAGACCAUUGAGGACGUGAUCGUCCGUCGGCUGACAGCCGAGAGAAUCGAAGAACUCAAGAGACUGAUCAAAGACACACAGGAGAAAUACAGAAAACUGAAGAAAGAGGUGGAUUUGAUCCAGACAGGUCACAUGGACUCUCAACUGGAGGAGCAUUGGGCAGAAAUAGAGCUAAAGAGGAAGCAAGAAGAGGAGGAGGCGGAGCAAAAGAAGCGUGCGACUGAAGCAGCCUAUCAGGUUCGUCAGGCAGCUAAAAACACACCAAAGAGACUUUCCAGCAUAAUGGUACGCUCUCCUCUUGGGGCCAGCUCCCCAAGCAUGGACAUCCCACAGGCGGACACAUCACAGCCAAUGACAGAUGAGCCUUGUGUCAGUCCCAUGGUCCAGGCUCAGGGGGUGCCCGCCUUCAUACCUGUGUCGGAGGCCACAGCCCCGGGACCGAAAGAAUCAACUUUGGGUGCUCCAGUCGAUGACUCCCCACAAAAGAAGCACCUGACCCCAAAAGCUACACCUCCUCCUUCCCCGCUGCUGUCUGAACUGCUGAAAAAGGGCAGUCUCAUACCAGCCAACUCGAGACUGGCUGUUGAAGGAGAGGUCGCCACGACGAGUAAUGGAUCUCAUGGAGUUGAGCUUCACACGGCUGCGACUGCAGCUGCUACGGUGCCGACCAAUCAGGACAUCGCAGCCGAUGUUCCUACGUUAUCUCGUCUGUUGGAGAGCUCCACCCCAGCGCAGCAGCCUGUCAGCGCUGACCCCCCUAAGCCCCCUACGGUUGUCCCCCCAGCUCCAGAUCACCUCUCUGUGCCCAACGCAGGGACGCCAGCUGUGGCUGAAGGUUCUGGAGCGGAGGCCCUGAUGGCGAGCUCGUCCACGCCGGUGGAGGUGGAGGAGAAAGAGGCAGAGCAGGUAGAGGAGGACACAGUGGUGUCUGUGUCAUACAUGGCUCAUGAACUCGACCUGGAGACGGUGGGAGACAUCAUCGCUAUCAUAGAAGAGAAGGUGGAUGACCCUGUGGAAGCUCUGGACGCUGCUGCGGUAGAAGCUGCUCUCUCUCUCUGCGAAGACUCCGCAGUCGGAGGCCACUCGCUUACUAGCCCCUGGGAGUCCCAGACAUUUAAGGCUGCUGAACCAGAGCCAAACAUCCAAGAGAUUGCCGCUUCUGGGGUGCCGGAGACUGUUUCAGACUCUGUGGGUGUGCAAGGAGAAAUGGAGGUUCUGGUUGAGGAAACAGAAAAAACUGAGGUGGCCAAUGGGGCAACGGAGGACUCCGUGGUGACCGCCGCCCCUGAUGCAGAGCAGAGCCAGCCCCCUGAGGUUAAGAUGGAGACGGAUGCAGAAGAGGAAGGUGGAAUAGAGGAGGCACCGGAGGAGAACAGAACCCCGAGUCCAGCGGUGAAGUGCGAGGGGGAGGAUUGGGCUCAGCCAGAGACCGCCGCACCCUGUUUGGAUUCAGAGGACAGCUCGGCAUCGGCAAAAGAUUCAAAGGAGGUGAAGGAAGAGGAUAUAGGCAGUGAAGUAGAUGUGGAUGAAGGGAUGGAGAUGAAGGAAUGUGCAGACGGAGAUGGAGAGGGGCCGUAUCUCUCAGAGGUGGAUCCUCCUGCCAGUGAGAGUGAAGAUGGAUACGGCAGUCACUCUCAGCGCUACACUACAGCGGACUCCACAGCCAGCAGUCCUGCAUCAUCGCAAUUUUCCAUGUGCAGUGAAGAUCAAGAAGCACUGCAAGCUCAGAAGAUCUGGAAGAAGGCCAUCAUGCUGGUGUGGCGGGCAGCAGCCAAUCACAGGUAUGCGAGUGUAUUUCUGCAGCCGGUCUCCGAUGACAUCGCCCCCGGUUAUCACAGCAUCGUACAUAGACCCAUGGAUCUGUCCGCUAUCAAGAAAAACAUUGAGUCGGGCCAGAUCCGUACGACGGCGGAGUUCCAGCGUGACAUCAUGCUGAUGUUCCAGAACGCUGUGAUGUACAACAGCUCGGAUCACGACGUGUACCACAUGGCCCUGGAAAUGCAGAGAGACGUUCUCGAGCAAAUCCAGCAGUUCUUGGCCACGCAGCUGAUCAUGCAGACGUCUGAAUCGGGCAUCGGCACCAAGAGUCUGCGCGGGAGGGAGGCAAACCGCAAGCAAGACCCGAACGAGAAGACCCUGAGUCCUGCACACAAAGACCCUCAUUUAGAGCCAGAACCAGCAGCGAGAAGCAAAAGGAACAACUCCAAACAAGACACAAAUGAGAAGGUCACAAACGUCCAUAUUGUGUGCAUGCAAAACUGCUGGCCGUGUGAUGUGUGUACGUGUUGGGAUAACAGCCUGUUUCACAAUCUGUGUGAAUGUAAAACGCACACCAGACCAAAGUUAAGUCAUAGUCUUUUGUUUUUUGUUUGCAUGGUUUUGUUUAGAGGUGAGUUGUGAUUUUUUCACAGAGUCUCCAAUCAUUCAGUUUACGGACAGUCAUUUUGUCAUCAGCAUACUUUGAGUUUAUGCUGGAGUACUGCAGUCGUCAUGGAAACGGUUGAAACGCAUCAUUCCUUCAUCCGGUUAACGCGCACAACUCAGUCCAUCGCACAAUCCUCUCUUUCAUUCCUUCACUGUCUUUCUUGCUUCUCUGUUUAAACCCCUUUUCCUCAUCUGUAUCUGUUUGUAGAGAAGACAGUGUUUUUUUGUGGUAUGACGCUGUAUCUCUGAUGUAGGGUUGGUAUUUAAAAUAUGAUAUUUUACAUAUAUUAUAUAUUUUCAUUUUUUAGCACUAAUAGCUUUGUCAUAUGAAUUUACUGGGAUGUAAGAAUCACACCGCCCAACCCCGGCGUGUUUCAUCUCAGGAUCAGAGAUCUUUGGGUUAGUUUACUGCUCCUGUCUGCUUUGCUUUCUUGCUCUGCUAAAAACAUCUCUUUAGAGUGCUCGGCAUUACAUGUCUUUCUCUCCGCCUGUGGGUUUUCAUAGGCUAGCUGUUAAAUGCUAAACGUAUGUUUAGGUUUCUCUUUUUCUCACUUUGCUGUUUGUC